AAAUUGAAUGUAAACAUCUGUCGAUUUUUUCGUUAUUUUAUUUAUCUCAGUUUACUCCAAAUACUAAUAAUAAUUCAGUCAGAAUGGAAAAUUAUUUUAAGGGCAAAAAUGUUGAAGAAGAACUUCAACGUGAUAAAAUACCUAUAAAAAAUUUACCGGAAAACUUUCUGUGGAUGCAAGUAAAAGGCGGAAGUAAAAUGGCAAAUCUAUUAUCACACGCAUCUGGUAUUUUAGAGGAUAAAGCUGUUACAGCCGUGGUGUGGACUGGGACCGGAGUCGGCAUACCUAAGGCUAUAUCUUGCGCGGAAAUUUUAAAGAGACGAUUUUCAAUCGAACACCAAGUCACAAAACUCGCUUACAAAAAUGUUGAAGAGUUUUGGGAGCCAAAGGUGGAUGGAUUGGAAACAAUAGUGGUUAAACGGCAAAUACCUGUUAUCUAUAUUUUGCUUUCAGUCAACAUGGUCCCAGACAGUAGUCAAAAUGGAUACCAGUCAUUGCAAGGAAAGAAAUUCUGGCAAAAAGGUCCAGCUAACAACAGCCAAAAGCAGCAUCAAUCCUACAAAUCGAAAAAACCUUUCAAACAUAAGAAAAACCAAACAAACACAAGCUAACCAUCUUAUCUAUCAACUAUAUGAGUCGCUUAACUUUAAACUCAGAUAAAUCCAACUGUCAGAUUUUGGUAUUAAGAAAACGUAAUAGGGUAGAUAUUUCCUAAGAGGGUCGAAUGAAUUUACCUGAGUUUGAAGUUGAGCGACACAUAUGCAUAACUUGAUGUUUUCUGUAAUAAAUUGAUGUUUACCUGAUC